GAAUGGAUUCUUGGCAAUGGAACAAGGAAAACUUGUUCGGUUAUUCAAGAAUAUGAAUUUGUGUAAUUCACAUUUUGAAGUGAUUUAGUUCACUCGAGAACAAUGUGAUUUGAUAGGCAAGUGUGACUUAUAAUUGAUUUUGCAUCAAGUACUUGAAUAUCAUAUCAGCCAAUCAGUUAGACUCGCAACGGAGUUUGGUUACCUUAUUUAUUGAGGGAGUAAAUAGUAAAUACCCCGGAGAAUGGGAAAAGUUGGUGUCUACUUACUGGUGAUUUUCUCAGUCUCUAAUGCCAAUUCUCUGGGAAGUCAGGCGAUUAAAUUGUCAUCACAAUCUUCCUACAAUAAGCAUCACGCUCAAAAAAUCCAAUAUGAUAGUACUCUUCUAAAAACUCACGGCUCCUCACAGGUCUUGGUGAACACACAGAAAAAUGAAAUUAAUGGACCAAGGAUAUCUGAGUCGCUAGUCGUGAACCGCAUGGGUAAUGUAUUGAAUGGUCAAGUAAACAGUGACAAUACUCCUCCAUGCGGACUUGGUCAAAAAUACAAAAUCAGAUAUCCUGGAAGCUGUCAGAAAUAUUACGAGUGCGAUGAUGGGACCCUUGUCACAAUGUCGUGUUACUGGCUCACAAACUUCGAUGUAAUUGAACAAUGUUGUCGAUUCUAUUAUUUUGUAGACUGUACCAUAACAGAGCCACCUGCAACAACCUCUUCAACUAGUGAUACAACAACAUCAUCUCCAACACAAACUUCAACAAUAUCAAAUCAAACUACUUCAACUAAUCGGUCCACUAGUUUUGCAUCUAUAACACCAGAAACAUCAACUUCUCCAGUCUCAACAACUACAUCCAAAAUAACAUCAGGUUCUCCAUUGACAUCAAUAUCUUCUACACUCAGAUCAACAACAUAUCCCAUCAUUUCAUCUUCUCCAACAUCAACUGAGAUUCCAUUCACCUCUACUACUACUCAUCCUACCACAACAACAACAAGAUCAACAACAAUCAUGGCAAGUACUUCGACAUCAACUGCCCCACAAACUCCCACGUCUCACUCCACCGUUUCAACAUCAUCAAGUCAAACUAUUCCCUCUACGGUGAAAACUUCAACAGGUGCUCCCAUCACUAGAACAACAUUUUUCACAACUGAUUCACAUAUUUCAACCAGCAAUUCUUCUCUCUCAACAUCCUCUCCCACUACAAUCAGUGUGACAACAAAGGAGACUGUUAGUCCCACAUCUUAUCCGAGUACAACGCCGUUCCCCUACGACCCUAGAUGCUCUCCUGGACAGUACUACAAAAAAAGAUUUCCAAAUGAUUGUCAGAAGUUCUACUUUUGUAGAAAUGGUAGUUUAGAAAUUUGGAUUUGUAAUACUUUUUAUAACUUUGAUGCGAAAACACUAGCCUGUAAAAUAUUCUGGGAUGUUGACUGUUCGAUAGGAACGUGAGACUUGUAUUGAACUAGUUCAUGAAUAUCAGAAAAAUAAACGGAAUUAUUAAAAAGCGUGA